AUGAGCGGGAAGCUGGACUCCAACUCCUCCUUCGCUUGGCCGCCGGCGCCCAGCCCCACCGGGGGGCAGCACCACCCCUACCUGGGAGGCAACGUCUCCUACGUGGACUUCUACCUCCACCAGCCCUCCGUGGCAGCCGUCUUCAUCAUCUCCUACCUCCUCAUCUUCCUCCUCUGCAUGCUGGGCAACGGGGUGGUGUGCUUCCUGGUGCUCAGGAGCAGGCAGAUGCGCACCGUCACCAACCUCUUCAUCUUCAACCUGGCCGUCAGCGACCUGCUGGUGGGCAUCUUCUGCAUGCCCACCACCCUCCUGGACAACAUCAUUGCAGGAUGGCCAUUUGGGAGCCUGGUCUGCAAGCUGAGUGGGAUGGUGCAAGGCAUCUCAGUUUCUGCCUCUGUCUUCACUCUGGUUGCUAUUGCUGUGGACAGGUUCCGCUGCAUCGUGCACCCCUUCAAGCGGAAGCCGAGCGCCGCCGCCGCCGCGGCCACCAUCGCCCUCAUCUGGCUCCUGGCCGUGGCCAUCAUGUGUCCCUCUGCUGUCAUGCUGCAGAUCCAAGAGGAGAAGCGCUUCAGGGUGGUGCUGGGCCGGGGCAACCAGACCCUCCCCGUCUACUGGUGCCGGGAGGCCUGGCCCGAGCCGGGCAUGAGGAGGGUCUACACCGCCGUGCUGUUCGCCAACAUCUACCUGGCUCCCCUCUCCCUCAUCCUCCUGAUGUACGCCAGGAUCAGCGUGGCCCUCUCCAGCCCGGCUCUGCCCGUGCCGGGCGAGCCUGGGCGGCGGCGGCGGCUGGGGGGCGGCAGGAAGAAGCAGAAGGUGAUCAAGAUGCUGAUGGUGGUGGCCGCGCUCUUCACCCUCUCCUGGCUGCCCCUCUGGACUCUGAUGCUGCUCUCGGACUACGCCGAGCUCUCGGCCCUCCAGCUGCAGGUCAUCAACGUUUACCUCUACCCCCUGGCUCACUGGCUGGCCUUCUUCAACAGCAGCAUCAACCCCAUCGUCUACGGCUUCUUCAACGAGAACUUCCGCAGGGGCUUCCGGGCGGCCUUCGGGCUGCGGCUCCGCCGCGGGCGGCCGCCCCCCGGGGAGGGCUGCGGGCAGCCGGCCCCGGCCGCCCCGCCGGCUGCCGAGGGCCAGGCAGCCCGGGAGCAGGCCUGCCAAAGGGCUGAGGAGGAGAGGAAGAGAGUUAAGAAAGGCAACUGGGUGAACGACCAGCAGGAGAUGGCGAUGGAGGAUCUCGGAGAGCCCUGUGCCGAUGGGAUCGAGUGAGGGGGGGAGGAGGAUGCAGGCUCCCUCUUGACCAGGAGUCAAGG